GUCGACCACAUCUGCCACCAGUCCGUCACGUCGGAGGAAAAAGGCCCAAAAAUCCAAACGCAGUACGCCUGCAACGAGCGAAGACGACACCAUGUCGAGACAUAACCCUCGUGGCACAACCACCUCGCUCGAGAGCAUUUCCAUACAGCCUCGCACGCCCAAGACUCCUCAUAGUUCGCAGAGGAUCAACGGCUGGACGCCACGAGAUGGGGAGCCUAUUGACGAAAUGGAAAUGAGCCUGUUGAAUGAAGAGGAGCGCAGACAGGCGGAAAACGGACUGUCAGUGGAGGAAGAGCAGGAGUAUCUCUCGCCAGGAGAGAAGAAGCCCAUGUCCGCGACAGACAAACGUGCAUUGGGGCUGCUCACUAUUCUUUAUCUUAUCCAAGGAUUUCCGUUAGGUCUUGCUUUAGGAUCACUGCCAUUUCUCCUUCGCGAGCAUUUGUCGUAUUCCCAGCUCGCCGUAUUCUCUCUCUCAAGCUAUCCAUAUUCUCUCAAGUUGCUCUGGUCGCCCAUCGUAGAUUCUCUCUUCUUCCCUUCCGUCGGUCGUCGUAAAUCCUGGAUUAUACCCAUGCAGUUAGUCAUCGGUACCCUAAUGUUUGUUAUUUCGCUUAAUGCGGAGGAGUUCAUGAACAAUCCCGCGGAACAUAUAUAUGCGCUAUCUGCUGCAUUCACCACUCUUGUUACGUUAUCCGCUACACAAGAUAUUGCUGUGGACGGCUGGGCUCUUACCCUGUUGUCUCAAGAAAAUUUGCCAUAUGCCAGCACAUGCCAGACGAUAGGUCUCAACACCGGAUAUUUCGCGUCCUUCACUGUCUUCUUAGCGUUGAACAGUGAAUCCUUCUCACAGAAGUGGGGUAUUCCACGUCUGCGUAUUGGUACGUAUAUGCAGUUCUGUGCUGCCGUAUCAUUCGCUGUCACCGUCUGGUUGCUCUUCGUAACGGAGGAUAAGGACACUGAUGACGAAGAUCUGAGUAUCAAGAGCGUUUACACGACGAUGUGGAAUAUUUGCAAGCUCAAGCAUGUUCAGAUCCUCUGUCUCCUUCACUUCUUCUCCAAGAUCGGCUGGGCAGCCAAUGACGCUGCGACGCAGCUCAAAAUGGUCGAGAAGGGCCUCGGACGCGAGGACCUUGCUAUCGCCGUCCUCAUCGACUUCCCUUUCCAGAUGCUUGCGGGUUGGGUUGCGGGCCGCUGGUCACGCGGUGAUAAGCCGUUACGACCAUGGAUAAUUGCGUUCUGGCCGAGGCUGCUACUCGCGCUUGUUGCAACACUAACGGUGUAUUGGUUCCCGAAGCCGCCGAUUUCCUUGGGGUUUUUUGUAGUGCUGGUCGUGCAGACGGUAUUGUCGUCAUUCGCUGGCACGGUUCAAUUCGGCGGCAUCUCUGCCUUCCACACGAGGAUUUCGGACCCGGUUGUGGGCGGAACUUACAUGACGCUUUUGGCGACCUUCACCAACCUCGGGGGUACAUGGCCGAGAUUUUUCGUCCUAAAAGGCGUAGAUAUGUUCACUGUCGCUACUUGUCAGAUCAAAGAGCAAGGUCUUACGGUGCCAGCCGCGGAAUGCGUCUCAGACCAUGGCAAGAUGGCUUGCACUGAUCUCGGAGGCGAAUGCGUUACUGAACGCGAUGGCUACUAUAUCGUGUCUGCGAUGUGUCUCGUGCUCGGAUGCUUGUCGGUCAUCUUCCAUAUGAUCCCGACGGCGAGGAAAUUGCAAGCCGUCCCGCCCGCAAAAUGGCGAGUUUUGUAAGGUGGCAGUUGGGGAGGUGCACAGCAUUGUGUUUUCGUGUAGCUGCUGUGGCAUGUACUACACUCCUAGAUGAUAAGCUACAUAAUUUAUUUUCCGG